ACGGAUAUGCUUAACCUGCCUAAACAGAAGUGUAAAUACCUUUAAUCUGCUUUCUAUCUACCCAACAACUUGGGUUAAACCAUGCUCAUACAGCUAGAGACACUCACAUCAUUUCUGAGGAUUGGUAUUGUUGCACUCCAAGUCUAUCGUGUUCGACAAUCACGGUCGAUUUAUGGAUUUUCCUUUGACUAUGUAUUCUUCUCAUUGAUACAGUUUAUUUGCACACUCUUUGUGAAUUUUGGAUAUCAACUACAGUAUGUUCAAAAGCAGUAUGCGAGACGGUUUCCUGUCCACCCACAGGUGCCAUUAUCACAUUUAGAAGCAUUCUUUUCACUGCUAUCCUUACUUCUUGUUACUAUGCUGAUCUAUCAGUGUAUAAAAUACCGUAUGUCAAGACAUAUGUUCCAAUAUGUGUCCAUAUAUUCAAAACUUUUUGCAUUGGUGGUUUUCUCAAUAAGUAUAUGGAUAGGUUUAAAUGUGAACACACGAGAUGAUUCAAAACCAGGAACAUAUGGUUUUUUCUUCAUCGACAUUUUUGAUUUCAUAUGGUAUGCUUCUCAAUUAGCAUCUGCAGUAAAAUGGGUUCCACAAAUCACAACUAAUUUCUUGGGUAUGAACUUUUGUGAAUUGAAUAAAGAUGCAAUACUUCUAGAGGCUAUUUCUUCUUUCAUUCUCAUUAUGAUUAGAUAUUUCACAGACGUAACAAUGUUUUUUCUAUCCCCAAUAGUGAGUGAUUGCUUUUUACACUUUCAACUGACUGUAAAUAUCUCAGAUCACUAACACAAUUGAUACAGAACAGGGAUAAUACAUUGACAAUCAUCAUUCGUUUCUUGAUGUCAUCUUUUGUCCUAUACCAAUUUAAAAUCUAUGGCACAGAGAAAAAGGUA